UACAGCAGGGAUAUAAAAAAACCCAAACCAUGAAAAGCCAAUUAAUAGGAUUAUUGAUGAACUUCUGGAUUUCUUUUUCACUUGCUUUGUAUUUUCACAUUGGAGAAAGAGAAGAGAAAUGUGUAAUUGAAGAUCUUCCCAGCGACACGCUGGUAUUUGGGAAUUACAAAGUACAACGCUGGGAUACACAUAAACACGACUUCCUUGAAUCUGCUCCCGGUUUGGGAAUGUAUGUGACUGUCUCAACUCCUGAUGGUGAGGUACUAUUGUCAAAACUGUAUGGGCCACAAGGAACAUUUUCUUUUACAUCCCAUCUCUCUGGGGAGCACAUUAUCUGUUUCCAGUCGAACUCCACAAGACUUCUGACAUUUGCAGGAAGUAAACUGCGUUUCCAUUUGGACAUUAGAGUUGGAGAGCACUUUUUGGAUGAAUCUGCUGUUCAAGCCAAAGAAAAAGUGGAUGAAGUUAAUGUCAGACUAGAACAUCUAAUUGAGCAAAUUCAGCAUGUAUCCAAAGAACAAGACUAUGAAAGAGAACGUGAAGAAAAAUUUCGGAAGACAAGUGAAGAAACCAACAGCAAUAUUUUGUGGUGGGCUAUAGUACAAACACUAACCCUCAUCUCUGUUGGAAUCUGGCAAAUCAAAUCGCUCAGAGAUUUCUUUAUAGCAAAGAAGCUUGUUUAAAUUCUAUAAAG